AACGGGCCACCAAGGAAGCAUACCGAAUGGGGUUGCAUUGUUUGAAGCUGGGAGCUAUAAUGUCUCAGACUGACCUUCAUCAAAGAACAGGAAGGGGUCCGUCUGGGUCCAUUCAUAAUAACGCUGUUGCGUUUACGGUGCGCAACAAAGCUGCCGAGAUUCAGUUGGAGGGGCUGUGUGUCGUCCCUGGCUCUCCGGGGGUUAUUUCGGAGCUGAUUAACUCUUGCAUUUGCAACACAUUCCCACCCUGAGCGUGACAUGAGUGUGGCUGUGGUGGCUGUGCGCCGGUGCGUGCGCACGGCCGCGCGUCCGUCCGCAGCCUGCAGCCCGAACGAGCCUGGCAAAGCCUAACCCAGUGCUAAAGAUGGAAUAUUUGCACAUCAGCGAAAAGCCUCAGCCCCUUUGCAGUCGCGGAGAAAACGAGGCCCGUAGCAGAGCGCGUGUGAUUUAAACCGAGUCAUUUCGCGUUUAUUUAUGGCGUCUGGCUCCGGAGUUGGAGAGGGAAGCGCGGGGGGCUUUUCGUGGAGACUCAUAGGCCCGGCCUCGGAGCUUUCCAAGAAGCGAUGCCGCCUCAUGCACUCUUCUCUGGGCCACGCCGCAGAUGUCUGCCUCUUUUAUGUGCAGGGGGAGUUUUUUGCCAUGGAUGCCCGCUGCGCACAUUCCGGCGGUCCUCUGUGCGAGGGGGACAUUGAGGAGGCCGGCGGGGUCCUGCGGGUCUUCUGCCCCUGGCACGACUACGACUUUGACCUGAGGACCGGGCGGUCAGGGACAUCCCUACAGCAACAAGUGUACGAAGUCAAGCUGGAGGAUGGAAACGUGUACGUGAAGCAUCCAAGUCCUCUAUCCCUAAAAGCUUUUCCAGCGGUUCAGAAAAACUGAAGAGCUUCUGAGCAGCUGCUCUGUCCUAUUUUUAAGACUUUUCCACAAACAGAAGCCAUCCGAAAACAUUCCUAGGCCUUAUCUCCCCUGUUCUCACAGCCCUUCUGCUGUGAAGUCAGGACUGUGUCGGGAAGAUUGUGUCAGGAGGACAUGACAUCAUGAAAUAGCUUCUCUUGCUCGCGUUCCAGGUGGAGAAUCGGCACACAGAGACUACUGUUGAGCCCAAUAAAACACUUCUGCAGGCAAAAAUGCAGAACGGAGUUGGAAAAAUGGCAGCUUGAAUAUGAUAUGAUACGUUUUUUUGUGAGGCUGAAGAGAGUCCGAAAAUGGACGAUUAAUAAUUGAUGGUAAUUAAAAGUUUCAGUUCUCGUUCCCUCAUCCUUUUAUAUCUUUUAACACCUGCAUUUAAAAAGUCAAUUAUUUAGUUUUGGUUGGUCGAUGAAAAUGCUGAAAAAAUCUUUUACCUCAGUUAACAUUUUGACAUUU